AUGGAUGCUAAUAGUUGGAUGAUUACAAUAGUUAUUCAAUCCAAGAAUAAUGUUAUCGUAAAAAUAUAUGUAUUGAUAAUAAAUAAUAAGUAAUAAGUAACCUUAAAAUAAAGGAAUGCUCAUCAGCCUAAUUCAAUCAAUACAGCACUUAGUUGCCAUUAGUAUUUUUUAAUGAUUCCUGCACUGUAAACAAAAAUUUAGAUGGAUGCGAAUUGGCUAAUCAUUUUGUAUGAGCGAUAAUUAUCAACAGUGCAUCAGUGAUGGAUAAAUUAACUUAAAAAGAGUAGAGCUUUUCUGGAAUGAGGAGAGAAAUAUCUAUUAAUAAUGAAUAUGCCCAAAUGGACCUUCUAAUGCCUCAACUCAUUCUGAAUGUAUAAUUUUCCUUUCAACUUGUCAAAAAGGCGAUUACUAUUAUGCAAUAGAUUCAGCUUGUGCUUCUAUAUUUGAAGACAAGAGAUGCGUAAUAAAUGGAUUUGAAGUGUUUUAAAAUAAGACUGGCAAGAUGUUACUAUCAGGAUGGAUGGAAUGCAAUUCAUAUUUGCCUUAUUGUACGGCUUAUUAGGACGGAUGAUGCACUAAUAAGCAGAGUUGUUAGGAUAUGAAAUUAAAGAAGCUUGCUAUGCAGAUAGUAAGAAUUUUCAAUUCAUUUGGGAUAUCAAUCUAAGUAAGUGCUUCUCCUAUUAAUGUAUUGAUUACUGUGGCAAUGGCAUAGUUACAAAUCAGGAUGAAUAAUGUGAUGAUGGUAAUUACUUACCAUAUGAUGGUUGUUAUGAAUGUCAAGUUCAAUGUCCAUAAAGAUGCAAUAUUUUUAAUUGCAGAUAGUGUUAAAAAUGUAAUAAGAUUGAAUGGUAAUUAGUUGAAGGUGUUUGUUCAUCAAAAUGUUGUGAUGGUAUUGCAGUUGGAAAUGAAUAAUACGAUGAUGGAAAUAAUAUUAAAUUUGAUGGUUGCUAUUAGUGUUCUUACUAAUGUGACGAAAUAUAGAUUGUUUCCAAGGGCAAUGUAUAUUAUGUAAGGAUGGAUUGUAGAAGAUGAACCAAAAUGUAAAAAUAUAUGAGGAGAUGAUAUUUAGUAUAGCAAUAAGAAUAAAGUGAUGAUGGAAACAAUUAAAAUAAUGAUGGAUUAACUAAUACUUGCAAAGUUAAAAAUAAUUGAAAUGCUCCAGAGACCAUAAUUUUAGUUUUUGCUCUUAUGCAAUUCUACCUAAAAUUAUAUUGACCAAGCUGUCUAAAACCGAUACAACAUAUCAAGAGUUUAAAUUAUCAUUUUUUGAACCUGUAUGUCUUAAUGAAAAAGGCAUUAGUGAAGAACAAUUUCUGCAGUUAAUUUUUGUUCAAAUACUAAAUGUUAAAGAUAACGACUAUGAUAUAGAAAUCAAAUCGAUGAUCUCAAUCAGUACUUAAUAAGUCAAAGUUUAUAGUGAAAAACAUUAUAAAUAACUAAGGGAACACCUUGUUCUCAAAGGAGGCAAAAUUAGAAUUUCGGUCUUCUUACAAGAUGUCAGCUUAUCAAUUGUCCCUUAUGUCUAAGACUUCCAUGCUGAUUAAGAUUGUAUUGUAUUUCAUCAUAAGUAUAAGUGGAAUUUCUUUUUUAUGUGGGAAUUUAGAGAUUUUAUGGAAUAUAUUUGAUUGCUGUAAUAAUUAUCAUAUAUGAAAUUUCACAAUAUUGUCUUCCCCUAAAAUUUAGAAAGUUAUUUUGAGAUCCUUACUAUUGGCUCUUUUACUCCAAUUAUUGAUAAAUUAUCAAUCGAUCAGAAUUUACAAAGACUUAUUUAAUUUCUAAAUUCCAAAGAUAUAGACUAAAUGGAAAUUUUAAUAUUAUGAAAUUGAUUGUUACUUUUUGUAAAACCUCUAAAUGCUUUUAGUUAUGUUAAUGAUAGGAUCCCUCUAUUAUAUAAUUUCCUAUUUGUUUUAAAAAUUUCUUGUUUUCAAAAAUUAUAAAAAUUGGCAACAGUUUAUCAGAAAGAUUAUUAUUAUUUCAAAGUUGCUAAAUUUACAUUUUUCCUUUAGAAGAUUGCAAGAAAAUAUUAUUAGUAUUUUAUUUAAUCUGGACUUAUCAGAACUUUCCCUCUAACUUUUAUGA